UGCUGUUCGCGUUUUGACCAUCUCGGGGGCCGGUUGAUGGCCGUGGAAGCAACGUCUUGCGAGUCCGUCCCUGAAAACUGCCGGUUUCUGCCGUUGUCAAAACGCCUCCACUACAUUUUCAAUCCAAUAUAUCGUGCAUCAUCCUUGGAAUUUGACAAAAGGUCUUCCUGCCAGGCAAGAUCAGGGAGGAACGACUCUGGCACAGACUGAGAAAGUUGGGAGGGACGCUUCAAGAACAGGUUUUCAGCAUAGCGCUAGGGGGAGGAUACGGGCUCAUUGUGGCCAUUUGCAAAGAUUAUGCUUUUAGAAGGGGCCUGUCUGUGCUGAAAAGGGUGGUGCUAGGAACCUCUCCAAGGAAGAAAAGUCGGUCGGCAUAUUGUGAAUGCCUCAGAGGCCGUGCCUGAAGCGAGAGGCACUCUUCUGUGUCCUUUUCAGUGGUGACGACUUUGCUAGACGAUGCUUUGCUAGACGAUGCUGAAGAAUGCUCAACUGGGGUCGAUGAAACAUCAUUAGCCGCUUCUAUUGAGAAUCGACCUCAACCCAACUUUGAUCGUUACAGUUAACAAGGAAUGGCGCGUCUGUACAAGUCCCUAGAAGUCCUGUCAGCCUAUCGAGACCGGCGGUUCCAAGGUACUCAGGAAGAGUUCGAGCAUGCGCUCCGGACCUCGACCACCGUGUACGUCGGAAACCUCACUUUUUUCACGACGGAGGAGCAGAUAUACGAGGCGUUUUCAAAGUGCGGGGAGAUCAAAAAGGUCAUCAUGGGGCUUGACAAGGUCCGCCGGACGCCCUGCGGGUUCUGCUUUGUCGUCUAUUACACGCGUCUCGAUGCUGAAGACUGCGUCAAAUACAUCAGCGGCACCAUCCUGGACGACCGACCUAUUCGGGUGGACUUUGACUGGGGGUUCAAGGAGGGCAGGCAGUUUGGACGGGGGAAGAGUGGUGGCCAGGUACGAGACGAGUACCGGACAGAUUACGACCCAGGGCGCGGCGGCUACGGUAAGCUCGUGCAGCACAACCUCGAAAUCUUGGAGCACCAGGGGGGCAUCUUCAACAGUGCUGCGCCUGCGCCGUUCCAUCCCCCGACGAGAAUACAGCAACGAAACAGGCGAAGAGACGAGGCCAUGCAAAACGCGGGUGGGGACAGACGGGGAGGCGCGCCGAUCAAGGGCCAGAAACGGCAACGGGAGGACGAGGGGCCAUUGGAGGAUGGGGUUAAGCCGGAGAAACAAGAGCCACGGGAGAAGAAUCCGCGGUUCCGAGAAAAGAAAGACGACGACUCGGACGAAGAUGUUGGCGAUUCUUGAGGUCUGUUAUUCUCAGUUCUGCGUUUGUACAUAAGCAAUGGCUGCGGAAGCAGAAUGCACUUUCUUCGACGACCUGCCGUGCGGCAUCGUUUGACGUUAUUGGCUGCGCUUGAAUAUGAUACAAGUUCUAAGUCCGUUACGCACCAGGAUCCUCUCGUACAAUGUGCCGUUUUCGAUAUAGCUUCAUUGCAAAAUUCCAACAGGGAGGGGCACGAGGGCCUCGCAUUUUCAG